AACGUGUGCUUGCAGGUUAGACAGAUCGAUGUGGAGCCUCCUAAAAAGAUGGGACAUUUAACCUUUGAUUUAACUAUAUUUUAGUUUUAUAUGUGCUGCUUCAAUACAUGAUGGCACACGAAGGAAUGCUCAGCCAGUUUGAGCUUCAGAUCUCUGAGCUAGAUAUGAUGAAAUGCAUGUACCCCAAUGACGGUGAGCUGGAGAUCGACGACCCAGAUGUGAUCGCCGAUAUAAAGCAGUUUUGUGCCUGCGGGGAGAGCGAGCAUGUAGCAACCAUGGGGCCUAGCUUCACACGCCAGUUAUCGUAUGCUAUUAACUUCAUUGUUGAUGAGAAAACCAGUAUAAAAUUGAUAUGUGAUUUGCCACAUGCUUACCCAUCUGAGCUUCCAGAACUGAUUGUUCGAUCCGAUUCGUUUUCACGCGACUCCCAAAGGCAACUUAAUGAAGAUUUACAACGGCAUAUACGAGAAGCUUUACUGGGGGAGCUGUGCGUUGGGGAAGCAAUAAAUUGGAUUCAGGACAACAGCCAGCGUUACUUAGAAAUUAAAGCUGAUACUGAAGGACCAGCUACAAAAUCAAAACAAUGUAAUGAAGCUUUCUGUAGGCUGUGGAUACACAGCCACCAUAUAUACAGUAAAUUCAAAAGAAGAGAUAUUUUAGAGUGGGCCAAAGAAUUCAAAGUUACCGGUUUCUGUUUACCAGGAAAACCGGGAAUAAUUUGCUUAGAGGGCGAUACUGAGUCGUGUGAGGAAUACUGGCACAGGUUGCGGCGAUUAACCUGGAAGAAAAUUUCCUGCAAGCACCGGGAAGAUAUCCCAUUAGAAGGGAGAGAAGUUGCUGAUCUGAGGAAGUUCACGGGCUUUGAGGAAAAAGCGUUUAAUCCGCACAGUAAUGAACGAGGAGGGAGGGAGUACCACAUGGAUCUUGGUAUGCUGUUUAAGUUUCUGGAAGAACAUGAUUGUGCUGAUGUGUUCAAGAUACUGCUUGGUGUUGACGGCAAAGCAUCUAAUAAAUCAUAAACUUACGCUAAAUUUCUUGUAAUGGACCGUUCCACUAAGACCUGCCCCUUGGAUGUUGUGAAGUCCCACAAAAACGAGAGUGUAAAAACUUGCACAAACAUGUGCGUUCAUGGGACAACACGUUGUAGGACACGUGCAUGUUCCUGGCGCUGUUCUGAUUGUCAGCUGAGUUGUUAAGUUUGAUGACACUUGGGAAAGGUCUAUUGUAUUUCGUAUCAAUGUGUCUCGAUGUACGGUUCGUAUGCUAUCUCGGUAAUGAUGAGGAAGGUUUGCGUUGGCAACAGUAAGGUACACCCACCAUUACCGAGAUAGCAUACUUUCCAUAUAAAGUACUGAGAAAGCCAGUGCAUUUUAUAUCAUAUUAUUAAAGUGAGUAUAUAGAAAACAUGAAUAUUUAGUAUGUUAUUUGUUAUUAUAUAUUCUUUUAUUUAAAUUAUGUUUAAAAAUAGCUGUGAAAAUUAUCUUAAUUAUUAUAAAAAAGUACAUCAAAAUUGUUAUCUUGAACUUCAUGAUACGGAAAUUUUUGAUAUUAUAAUUGUAAUUAUUUUAUAUUACAAUGAUUACUCUUUUAGAGAAAGAAUCUAUUUUAUUUAUUUAUUUAGAUUCAAUUGUUAGAAAAUGUACAUAAAAAAG